CGGCAUCCGUAGAACUUACGGUAAAGACAGACGUGUAUUUAACUUGACAGUGAUGUGAGUCUGCGCUUGAUCUCAGUUGGUUUCCGUUUGAGCGAUAAGUCACUAAUGAAUUCAAAGGGAGAUGUCAUCCGACUUAAAGUUAAACUUCGGAAAUUGUCAACAAAACCCAGUGAUGGAUAGCGAAACGGGCAUGUUCCCUAUCGAUCAGGGAGGAGAGUGGGACCUUAGCCUGUUCAACGGACUGGAUGACCUGGGGGAUGCAGAUGAGCUGCUCGAGGCCCUCGAAUGCGGUGCCUACGCAAAUGAAGGUCAUCUGGAUUUUGAUAUCGACAUUCCUCUUUGGAAUGAAGUGGACACGAGCAGCACCUGCACAGAUGGUGAGGUGAGUGUGGACUCUCUGUCUCCUUCCCACACGCUGAGCUCCGUCCCCUCUCCUGCUUCGGUGGAAGCUUUGUCUCCGUCGUCCUUACAUGAUGAGGCACUGUCCCCUCAGUCACAGCUUUCCCCAGUUUCAGUUUCGUCCGAGUCCAGUGGCUUUUCUGAAGUCUCUCCGCCACCCAAGAAGGCUGCAAUGAGGAGCACGCUAUGGACAAGAGCUAAACCUGCUCAGCCUGCAAAGAGGCCAAUUCAGAUGGGCUCACAGAUCUCCAUCCAGCCCAGACCGCUGAUUGCAGCCAUGCCCUUGGCUCCGGCAGCAACAGCAGCUCCACUGCAGCCCAAGACGAUAAUCAUCCAGCCCCUGCAGACCACCGUACUGCCUGUUGUCAAGCCGUCUCCGAUCAGCAUCCAACCAGCACCCCCUCCAGGCCAUCCCAUAGUGCUGUCCCAGGCGAGCCAGCUUCUCCACAUCCAGACACCACAGGCCGUCCCUGCUAAUGUGGUUGCUGUGCCAACACUCAACCAGGACAAGCAUGUUCCGGUAGCUGCGCCCCCGCUGGUUUCUGUCACGCUUCGAACCCCUUCCUCAGAUGACGACUCCAGACUGUCCCAGAAGCAGCAACGCAUGAUAAAGAACAGGGAGUCGGCGUCGCUCUCUCGCAAGAAGAAGAAAGAGUAUCUGCUCUCGCUGGAAGCUCGUCUGAAAGUGGCGCUGUCUGAAAACGAGGCGCUCAAGAGUGAGAACGGCAACUUGAAGAAGCAGCUGGAAGGCCUGCUGAGUCAGAACUCAGUUCUCAAAGCAACAGCACCCAAGAGGAGAGCCGUGUGCCUCAUGGCGGUUCUGGUGUUCCUGGUGCUAAAUGUGGGACCAACAAGUUUGUUUCAGAGAGGCUCCGUCUCCAACCUCGACAUUGCUCCUAUGCAUCACAGUGGCAGACACCUCCUAGAUUUCUCCGAAUCCGACGCGGCGGCGGCGGGUCCCGAGCUCUCCAGCACGCCCUCGGACACGCCAGACAGAUCGGAGGAUAAGGCACUGAUGGUCGUGAAAAGUCCCGACUUUCUCAGACCUCCUCCCCCCUGCCAGCCUUCUGUCAACAGGACCAAGUGCAUUGAGUUGGCUCAUGAAUUGAGGGGUUGGGUCCACCGCCAUGAAGUAGAGCAGACCAAAACCAGACGCAUGAGUAACAGCAACCAUAAACCCAUCAGAGACAUUCUGCAGAAAACGGAUAAAAAGGAAGACGAAAUUGUCCAAAUUGUCACUGUCCCGUAUGGAGAAAAUACAGAGGAAAAAAAUUCAGGCAGUGAGCUGCAGGUUUACUACGCACGUCAGCACGUCUACAGCGACUUCUUUGAUGAGCUCAAUCGCCGCCCAGACACUUUCUACGUGGUGUCAUUUCGGAGGGAUCAUCUUUUACUUCCUGCCACUAACCACAACAAAGGAAGUCGACCCAAGAUGUCUGUCGUGUUGCCAGCCAUGAACAUUAAUGAGAGCAUCAUUAAAGACAAAGAGUUUGAGGUGAUGAUGCAAAUCGACUGCGAGGUUACCAACACCAGGAUCCUCCACAUCAGGUCCUCCAGCAUCCCACCGCUGCUGCGGGUCAACCAGACGGACACGUUUUACCAGCACUCCCCGACCGACGGCAACCCUGCGCCUCCGGUCGGAGUACUGAUGGGAUCAUCGUAACGUCAUCCUAACCUCCAGUCGUCUUCGUAACUCCUCAGCGAUUGGGGGAAAACCCAAGACAGCACCUCACUUUACGAUUAUUUUCAAUAGAGGAGGAUAAACUCUGUGUGGUCCCAUAGAUUUUAUAUUUGUGAUUUUUAAAAUGAAGGCAUUUUUUUUCUGAAUUGCACCAUGUUGGAAUAGAUCAAAAGCUGAGAGCAGAGGCUGCCUCCUUGGGUGGCAACGCCGACUCCCCCCUUCAAUCCCACACAUCCAGAUCAGGGUAAUUGUUAGUCUGCAGGGAGCUGAGCGUUGAACUCUGAGUCACCCCAUCAUAGUCACACAAGUAUUUCAGCUCCUAAAAGCUCUGUAACAUUUUUCUCUGUUGUUUUUGACACGGUAAUAUUUAAAGACAUUAAAAAAAAAAAAAAA